AUGCUGAGUAAAGAUGCAGUAUUAUCUCUUUUGGAAGAGGGCCAACUAGAGGCCGCGGUGGCUCUGGUGCGGACCUGCGAAUCUCUCACCUCGAGGCCAAGGUUUAACGAGGCCCUUCUUACCCUUCUUCAAGAUCCUCACUUUCUCCAGGUGGCUCUUGAGAGUGAUUUUGUUGAGUUGUUCGACUAUGGGAUUGCCCAAGGCCUUGUCGAUGUCCAACUUAUUAGUGACUUGCUCGAUGGCAAGACAUCAGAGUAUGCACUGUACACUAGGUCCCUUAUCAACGCCUUAGGACAUCCUCGUCGGCCUAAAUUGAGGCCCAUGAACCGUUGUGGGCCUGUCCUGAUCUCUACGUACCUCAUCAUGCACUUGAGCAUGGCCCAUCAUUGGGUUCCUCUCCAUCUACUUGCUAUUUGUCUCUUCCUAUCCGCAUCAGUACUUACAUGGUACAAGUCCGGGCAGUAUGCAUUCUACAGUAACGCCAGCCACCACGGAGCACCGUUUUCGGCUACAAGAUGUCACCUGUGCCGUCUUCCUAUGCGAGCCAGCCCACGAUGGCGUCGAAAACAAGUCCACUGUCGAUACUGCAACACCUGUGUCGACCGGUUCGACCAUCACUGCUUCUGGCUCGGAUGCUGCAUCAACGAGGCCAACUAUAAGUGGUUCCUCUUCGCCCUGAUCAGUGCAAUCCACAUGUACUUUCUCGGCUUGCUUGAUAGCGCCGUUCAUUUCUAUAGACGAGCUAAAGUGCCUGUACAAUUUCGAACAGGCAUCGCAGUGCAGCUACUAUGCUAUGUUUGCUUCUUUACCACACUACUGAUGCACGUCAAUAGAAGAAGAUACACUACUAUCAGCCUUGCAGAUAGAUUCAGAAAAUAA